AUGGCGGUGCUGAAGUUCCACUCUGAGGUGACUUUUGGGGUCCGGCUUUCGACCAGUGCCCGUAGGGACCCAAGGCAAUUUGAAAUCCGCGAGCGCAGGUUUGGCAAUGCCAAGAGCGGCGAAACGUGGGGCGCGCUGGGCUUCGCGGAGCUUCUCAGCAGCGCCCAGUGGGCCGCCGAGCUGCUGGCGUCUUUGCCAGGCGGCGACCAACAGCCUGCGCCCGCCGUCUCGAGCCAGCCUGCGGCCAACAGCCGCACCUGGGGCGCCCUGAUGUUGGCCAAGGCGCACCUCGGCAUGAGGGAGUACUCCCGGGCCGCAUCGGUGCUGGGCAGAGAGAACCAGACGCCCUGCGCCAUCUUCUUCCGGUGCUAUGCGCUGUACAUGGCCGGGGAGAAGCGGAAGGAGGAGGAGGUGGCGGAGCUCCAAGACCCCGUGGAGAAGGGCCGCGUGAAGAACCCCGAGCUGAAGCAGCUGGAGGAGGAGUUGGAGGCCUUGCACCGCCAGCGCCAGUUGGACGGCCUGGGCCUCUACGUCUACGGCAUGGUCCUGAAGGGCCUGGAGCUCAAGGAGGACGCGCGCCGCAUCCUGCUGGAGUCCGUGCAGGUCUUCCCCUGCAACUGGUCCGCGUGGCUGGAUAUCGUGGCCAUCUGCUCUGACCUGAACGACGAGGACUCGCCGGCGGCCUCGGGGCACUGGAUGGGCCGCUUCUUCGAGGCGGCGCUGCUGCUGGAGCUCCAGCGGAACGAGGCGGCCAAAGACCGCUACAGUCAGCUCAAGGCCGCCUUCCCUGAGUCCUCCUACCUCACCUCCCAGCUGGCCACCUGCUUUUACAACAUGAGGAACUUCGACGCCUCGCAAGCGGCGUUCGAGGAGAUGCGGAAGCGGGAUCCCUAUCGGCUCACCUCGCUGGACACCUACUCCAACAUCCUCUUCGUGAAGGAGCAGUCGGCGGCGCUGAGCCACCUUGCGCGGCAGGUGGUGAAGAUUGACAAGUACACCCCGGAGGCAUGUAGUAUCAUCGGGAAUUACUACAGCCUGAAAGGGGAGCACGAAAAGGCGGUGAUUUACUUCCAGAGGGCGCUGAGUCUGAACCGGCACUUCACCCCUGCGUGGAUCCUCAUGGGCCAUGAGUUCAUGGAGAUGAAGAACACCUCGGCGGCGAUCGAUGCCUACAGGACAGCUGUGGUCAUAAACCAGCGUGACUACAGAGCCUGGUAUGGUUUGGGCCAGACAUACGAGCUGCUCAGUCUGCACUUCUACGCGCUCUUCUACUACCGCCGCGCCAUGACGCUGCGCCCGGAGGACGCGCGGAUGUGGUGCGCCAUGGCCCAGUGCUACGAUCUCAUGGACCGGAAGGUGGAGGCGCUGCGGUGCUACGAGAAGGCCCACCGCUGUGGGGACCGCGAGCGUAUGGCGCUGCCGCGGCUCGCGCGGCUCCAUAGAGACCUGGGGGAGAGGAGGCAAGCUGCCGCCUACUACACCCAGAUGUUAGCGCAGAGCGGCCAUUCGUUGGGCGAAGGCUCGCGGGCGCCCGGGCCUUUGCAGCCCCUCGGCGGCCUGUCCACCGAGGUGGUGGAGGCGCUGCGGUUUUUGAUGGCCUUCAUGGCGGAGGAGGGUCGUCUGCAGGACUGCGAGGCCUGCGCCCUGCAGCUCCUGGACACCGCGGGCCCCGAGAAGGACGAGGCCAAAGCGAUGCUGCGGAAUCUGCGGCAACGGAUGCCUGGGUAA